UUUUUGGGUUAUAGAUUUUUGAAGCUAAUUGUUGCAGAUAUCGCUUUGUAUCAGUCCGCCAUCUGCGAUGAAGAUCGAUAACCUUUACGUCUCGUACAAGCGAGACACCAGACUCCUGCUACGCUGGAUCAUCAAAAAUUCAAAUGAUAUCAUCAAGACUCUGAAUGACUCUAGAUGCAGCGUUGCAUUAGAGAUCAAUGUCACAGGUCAGGUUACGGUCUCCGAUCUCGUUCCUAUGUCAGCACUCAUCGCCAAACAUCAUCCCAGCAUUCCAUCUAAAACCUAUCAUUUGUUUCAGUCUGUCAUUAAGUUGCGAUCUAUCUCCUACUCCCAGUAUCAGCAGCUAGCAGCAGCAAGUUCCAGUGAAGAACUAGAGAGAAAAAACUCGACCCACAAGUUCUUCAUUGAUACUCUCACAAGUGCAUUUGAAGUCCUGGGCGGUAAAAAAUGGCUAUCCGAAGAACGAGAGAAACGAGCAAACAAGGACGGGGAGGAGCAAAGCGACGCCAAUACAUUUGCUUUUACCAAUAAAUUCUCCGUAUUGGAUUUAGAGAGCGAUCCAGAGAGUGGUGAUGCUUUGGAUACUGAUAGCGACGGAUUUAACACACAAUCUACAUCUUCUCAGAAGAAGCAGAAGUCGAAAACAGGUGGGAAGAGAAGGAAGGGAAAGAAAGUCAAACGAGGUCACAGGUCUUCGCAACCGGGUGGUAGAGGUCUGGACGACAUCGCAUUGGAGAGUUAUCGUAUAAUUGAAGAUGACGACAUGGCAGAGUAUGCCAUGGCUGCUCUUGCGCUAACAAGAGACAUGAUUCAGCUUCGAUUAUCUCUUCAGGACACUUGGCGUAAAGUAGCCUACGAGAAUCUCAACAGUGCAGUGGCUGCAGCCGUCUCCAAUAUCGCUGUAGCAAUGAUCAAGCAGUCUGAGGCAACGAUAUUCAUUGACUUUCCAGGUUAUGAAUCAUACGAAAUGAUUAAGCAAAUCAUCACCCAAGGCGAUGUCGAAAAAGAAAAGAGUGAAUUCCACUUUGCUAUUCCUACAACAGGGAUCAGCGGCUCUUCAAAAGCCACUGAAACACUGCUGGAUAUCAAAGAGCUCUUCCUUAUCCAUACCUAUCAUGACCUAGUUGAUUUCAUAACGGACUAUCAGAAGUCGAGGAGCGGAAAGCCGACAAAGCGUAUGCUCGCCGAAAUUGACAACUGGAAUCCAAACUUGGAUCUGCAGAAAGCGACCAAAGAGGAGAGGAUCAAAUGGAGGCGCUCGUAUACCAUUAACUGGCUGUACGAUCUUGUCAACAUAACCGCAUGUGUUGCAAUCCAUGGUAAAAAUGCAAAAAACGAAGAAUACGUGUUUGAACAAAUGGAUUGGUCCGACCAAGGCCCAUUAAUGGCAUACCGCAGGAUGUUUGGCCUAAACAACUUUGCCGCUAAAGUGACGACACUUGCUAUGCAGAAACUUGGCACUGACUUCCACCAUAAGAUAUCGCCGCAUCUCGUUUUUCACCUUCAGUGUAUUAUGGAUGCAUGGACUGUGUCUCGCGGAUGGGCAAUCAGCAGUGUGAAAAGCCAUAUUCUCAGCGAGCCGGCUGUGGGUAAAGGAUACUUCGGAGCAAUAGUCAUUCUCGAAUUGUUUUAUAUGCGCUUGGAGAAUGAUGACAAAGGUUUCGAACACACAAAGGACUGCAUCAGAGUCCUCGAUAAGCUAGGUUUUGAGUUCCGAGACGCAUUGGGGAAGUGUGAGAUUUUCAACAGCCUUUCGGCGUCGCUCCCUUCAAGGUUCGUGACAACUAAUCCUAAUGGUGCUUGGGACUACUCUCCUUUCUUUUGCGGUGCGGGUCUGGCGGAAGGCCUCGAGCUUUUGUAUCGAAGCGCCAUGACCUUGUGGGAAGCGAUGCAGGAACCAAUGCUAGUCCUGCACUUACACAACAUGCUCGUGCAAAGAGGCUACCUCAAGCAGGCUAUAUCGCUUUAUGGAUGUUUAGAAAUAAUAUUUUCUGAUAGCUUCUUCUCUGGUGGGCAGCCUCCUACCGGCGAUUAUGUCGAAGCUUUCCGUUCUCAAUUCAGCAAGAUUCGUUCUCGAAAACCAAUCCUACAAGAGAAAAUAAGUCGUCGAGUGAAAGUCACUCACGCUCGCGAUUUUCUAAACUUGACUCAGCUGCGUCUCUUUAAGCAAAAAUCUGCCUUGUUUAUGUACGGGUCAGCAGACUGGGAUCCAGAUCGUGUCCCGGAUAGCGAUGUCAUCCCAAAGUCGGCCCUGGGUUUCGUUCGGCUUAGCCAGACAAAGCGUGUCCGCGAUCCAGUGACAUCCAAUUGGCGAUUAGAGCAAACAGAUUUUGUCAAACAGACUCGGGCUACAGGCAUGAGCGAAUCAUUCAUAAUGGCCCUUGACCCAUUGUUCGAAACUUUUAGAGACGAAAGACAGACGCAGAUGGCUCAAAUGACUCCCUAUAUACCAGAUGGUUCUUCCACACAAAUGUCUUGGCUCUACAAUAGCAAUAACACAUCUAAAAAGGGAAAGAACAACAUAAAAACCAUCAAGUACGAUAUGACGGCAGAAAGAAUGUUGAGGAUUCUCUACAACGAUGUCUAUCGUGACAUCUGCGGCGGUCUUCCACUCCCCUUUUCCAACCUCAGCUAUAUAUGGAUAACAACACAAAUGCUACUAUAUUUCGAAGAGCUUGGGUUGAAAUGUCAAAACAGUAGCAAAACUUUAUUCCCAUUAAUUGACCUCGUCGAUUUCAACCUGAAUAAUCCAUGCUUCAUGCAGAGUGAUGAAAGGCUACGUAUUACGCUGCGUGCUCUAGGCGGCAAAGAUGAAGAGCUGUUAAAGUUGAUGGCUAAAGUCUUUGAAAGAUGUGGAGGCCAGCUCAUCGAUUACGCGUAUUGGGAUACUGAAGACGAGGAGGCGGAAACGAAUCUUGGCCCAGUGGUGGAAGAUGACAGCUCUGAUUGCUGCGUUAUGUAGGGGAAAGUGGGCAUGGCGUGGGUAGCGGGAUAAAUUGAAAUCUGGCUAAAUUGUAAGAUAUCAUGUUCUCAUUAUCAUAUACUAGAUUUACUGUUAUCUUCUCAAUACGAGAGACUUGAUGAAGAUCUAUUUAGCAGAGAACAAUAAAUCGACAUGGCUUAUAAUACCGCUAAUUCCUAUGCUAACUAAAACCUGUUGGAAUAAGAUUUUCUAGCUUCCACUCUCACUAGUUAUCAACAAGGCAGCAAGUGUAACACCCAUUCUGAUUUCAAUGUCAGUACUUUUUCUCCAUGUUAAAGCAAUGGGCGGUUCCUGAGGAUACUAACCACUUCUUUCGAAACCU